GAUGUUUAAACGAGCCUGUGUGUCAGUGACAGAUAAAGCACUGAGCGGACCUCUCUGACAGAUCACAGCCUCUUCACUUGCAGAACAGACCGCUCUCACCUGGAGGACUGAUCCCAGACAUGAGGCUCUGUGUCCGGCCUGGAGCUUGGUGUCUCCUGCCUGUCCUGGUUCUUCUGACUGUCCUUCAUGUCAAAGCUGAGGAGCAGCAACCAAAGGAGAGACACUAUUAUAUCGCAGCUGUCGAGAUAGACUGGGACUACUCUGGCAAUGACGCACAAAGGUCGGGUCCCACCUAUAAGAAAGUGGUCUUUCGGGAGUAUGACAAAGACUUCAAACAGGCUAAGACUCAUCCCUCCUGGUUAGGUCUGCUCGGACCCAUACUGAGGGCCGAGGAGGGCGAGACCAUUGUCGUCACUUUCAGAAACAUGGCCACCGGACCGCACAGCAUGCACCCACACGGGGUCGCUUACGGGAAACAGUCAGAGGGAGCUAACUACUUUGACAACACAUCCCUGAAAGAGAAAGAGGAUGACAUCGUGCAGCCAAACUGCCAGCACGUUUACUACUGGGAGGUGACGUCAGAUGUUUCUCCGCAGCUAAAUGACCCCACCUGUCUCACCUACACCUACAUCUCCCACAGAAAUGUUGUGGAGGACUACAACGCAGGCCUCAUUGGUGCUUUACUCAUCUGCAAGCCCGGCAGUCUGGAUGAGACGGGGCAGCAGGUCAACUUCCACCACGAGUUUGUCUUCCUCUUUGGGGUCUUCGAUGAGACAGAGAGCAAGUACAAACCAAACGGCCACGCCAACCACGUCAAAUACACCAUCAACGGAUACACAAUGGGAUCACUGCCUGAUGUCAGCAUGUGUGCCUACGCCCCCGUGAGCCUGCACCUGGUGGGUAUGAGCUCAGAGGCGGAGGUGUUCACAGUGCACAUGAACGGCCAGGUUCUACAGCAGAAUGGCCACAAAAUGUCAUCAGUGGGUCUGAUCAGCGGCUCCACCGCCACUGCCAGCAUGGUGGCGCUCCACAUGGGCCGCUGGCUGCUCUCCUCACACACCAACAAGCACAUGGAGGCUGGCAUGCACGGUUUCGUGGACGUGAAAAAGUGUGAUGGCUUCACAGCACCACGGCGGAGGAUGACCAUUGAGCAGAAACGAUACAGCAGGGAGUGGACGUACUACAUAGCUGCUGAGGAAAUUGUCUGGGACUAUGCACCUAAUAUGCCAGAACACGUUGACCAGGACUUUAAGUUGCAGUACCUGACACAGUCACCAACACGCAUAGGCACAAAGUACAAGAAGGCCGUCUACACGAUGUACACAGACGAGUCAUUCACUCAAAGGUUGGAGUCCAAGCAGAGGAAAAAUGAGCUGGGGAUCUUGGGCCCAGUGAUCAGAGCGCAGAUCAGAGAUGUCAUCAAGAUUGUUUUUAAGAACAAGGCCUCCAGGCCCUACAGCAUCUAUCCACAUGGACUGACCAUAGAGAAGUCAGAUGAGGGAGUCAACUACCCAGCAGGAGGCAACCAAUCUCAUGGUGUUCAGCCAGGUGAGACACACACCUACAUAUGGAAAGUGGUCGACGAGGAUGAGCCUUUUGACGCAGAUUCUCGAUGUCUGACACGACUGUACCACAGCGCAGUGGACACACCGCGGGACAUCGCCUCAGGACUGAUAGGACCAAUCCUCAUCUGCAAGAGUCGCUCCCUCAAUAUCAGGGGUGUGCAGCUGAAAGCAGACAAGGAGCAGCAUGCCAUGUUGGCUGUAUUUGAUGAGAACAAGAGUUGGUACCUGGAUGACAACAUUCGCCAAUAUUGCGAUCGAAGCAAAGUCAACAAGGCAGACCCCAACUUUUAUAAAUCCAAUGUCAUGCACACAAUUAACGGUUAUGUGUUUGAGAGCGGACCGCUCUUGGGUUUCUGCAAUGGUGAGGUGGCAACAUGGCACGUGUCCAGCAUAGGAGCACCAGACUUCAUCCAGACAGCUACUUUCUACGGCCAUCCGUUUGAGCUGAAUGGACGAACGGAGGACUUUCUCAGCCUCUACCCUAUGACUGGAGAGACAAUCACUAUGAACAUGAACAACAUCGGUUUCUGGCUCAUGGCUACUCUGAAUUCCCAUGAGACAACCAAGGGAAUGCGUGUAAAGUUUCAGGAUGUUGAGUGCUUUCGCGACCGCCAGUAUGAGUACAGUGACGAUGACGAUAAUGAAGAAUUCACAGAAUUUACUUUGUGGAACCCUCUCAGCUUGGAUGAAAUCAAAAAGGAAGAGGAGAAGCAAAUACCUGAGAAAAAGAAGCCAGUGGAGUCAGAUUUUUACACGGAAAUGUUAGCAGCUGAAUUAGGUCUCAGGUCUCUGAAGAACCAAUCUACUAUAUCAGAUGUGGAGCUGCUUGACCUCUCCAUCCUCGAAUAUGAUACUAUCGAUGUGCCUGACGGAGAUACUCAUGUAACCGUUAAUUUCACUGAGACAAGGAAUAAAAACAAAACAUCUACUCCAAAACCAAAUGCUCUAAAUGACACAUUAUUAUCAAAUGGGAAAGAAGAGGAUGGACUAAACCUGACAGCAGUUAAUUUGCUGAAGCAAAGCAUGAGCGAGAAUACAAUACAUUUGCAGAACAGUAGUGCACCAUCAACUUCUGACAAUUCUUCUGUGCAUAAAACAGAAAACACAACAGCUCACAAUGCUACGUUGUUAUCAGAUCUAAUGAACGCAACCCUGACUGAUGCCAACAAGACUUCUGUGGGUGGGGUCUUGGUGGAGGACUCCGAGGAGACAAUCACCAGAGGGGACGUGUUUUCUUACUCUACGCCUUUGUCCAAUUCCAGCACCAACAAUCUCCACAGUGUACCAGAGGGCAACGCCACAAAACAGGAAGAUAAGAAUAACACUGCAGUGGCUGAGGUUGAAGAGGUCGACAUCAGCAGCCUUAUCAGAAGCAUCUUGAACAUCUUAGAGCUGAGGUUGGAGAGCACAGAUGACAAAAUCAGUGGCAAGGACUCGCUGACCACCACAACAGAGCCGGACAAUGACCUUCAAAUGAACUCCUCUGACAUUAUCCCCACCAAUUCCAGCCUUGAAAAUGUAACACACGAUUUACUCCAAAAUGGGUCCUUACAGAAUGUCACGGUGGAUAUGUCCAAAUCAAAUUCAUCAGGGAAGAUUAGUUUAGAAAGUAAGAAGAACACCUCAAAUCUUCUUGGUGAAUUGAGCCAUGCAUCUACUGCAACAAGUGGCAAUGACUCCCUGAUCACCACUGCAGAGCCAAAGAAUGACCUCCAGCAUUCCAGCAUUGAAAAUGUAACACACAAGUUGCACCAAACUGGGCCUUUACAGAAUAUAUCGACAUUAAAUUCAUCAGCAGAGAUUAUUUCAGAGAGACGGAAGAAUGCCUCUAAUCUUCUUGGUGAGUUCAACCACACAUCGUCUGCAAAAAGCUUCUCCAAUGACACUUCUGAGGAGCCAACAGAGCCGGACAGCAUUGAAGAAGAAGUGCAUAUCUACCUCACAGAAAACAGUACGCAGGUGAUUAAAACCACCUCCAUCAAAACACAGGGCCACAACUGGACUUAUGAUGGAACUCACCAACUGGAACCCGGGGAUAUUCCUGACUACAUGAUGAAAUAUCUCGGAAAAGAAACCCCCAAAACGACGCCAACUCCAAAAAAGAAGGUCAGGAGGGUGAACCUCCGACAGUGGCCGCAGAAGGGUCAGGGCAUGAAAACAAAGAGGAGGAAGGAGUACAAGCCUCAAGCCAGGAGUGGCUUACCGUUCUCUCCUCGUGGGUUCCAUCCAGGCAUGACCCCGCGAGGGUCACGACCCCUUGCACUGCAGCCUGUCUCUGAUGAAGCGGAGCUCAUUAACAUGCCCGUGGUCAUUGGUGUGCCCCGGCCUGAUUUCAGUGACUACGAGCUGUACAUUCCUGGGGACGAACCACAUCAUCUAGAGCCAGUUACCGAAGAUUUGAAUCGAGAUGAAUAUGAAUAUGUGACCUAUGUAGACCCCUACAGCAGUCAUGAAGCCAUAAAGAAUAUCAACCUAGAUGACACCACCAAAUACUACUUAAAAAACUCAGGCCCGAAUGUUCGGACUUAUUUCAUCGCUGCAGAGGAGGUUGAGUGGGACUAUAGUGGCUACGGACAGAGGAGGCAAGACAAGUCGCAGCAGAACAGCCGAGAAACUAAGUUCACAAAGGUGGUUUUCCGAGGAUACUUGGACAGCAGCUUCAGCACACCUGAUAUCCGUGGAGAGAUGGACGAGCAUCUAGGCAUCCUGGGACCUGUCAUUAAGGCAGAGGUCGGACAAAGCAUCAUGGUGGUGUUCAGGAACAACGCCAAGCGUCCUUACUCUUUACAUCCAAACGGAGUUUCCUACACGAAGAACACAGAGGGUCUGUCCUACGAGGAUGGCUCCAGGUACUGGCAUAAAUAUGACAAUGAGGUUAAGCCCAACACCACCUUCGCAUAUAUGUGGAAGACCAGUUCUAUGGUUGGGCCAUCGCCAGGAGAGUCUCACUGUCGGACCUGGGCCUACUAUUCAGGCGUUAAUCCUGAGAAGGAUAUCCACACUGGAUUGAUUGGGCCUUUGCUGGUGUGUCGAGAAGGAACCCUGACCAAGAAGUUAUCAGACAUGAGGGAGUUCACGCUGCUUUUCAUGACCUUUGAUGAGUCGCAGAGCUGGUACUACGAGGACAACCGUGAGAAGAUACAGAGGAGAAGCCGAAGGAGAUUUAUGGACCCCGACUUCAAGGACAACCUCAAGUUCCACUCCAUCAAUGGCAUCAUAUACAACCUGAAGGGCCUGAGGAUGUACACCAACCAGCUGGUGUGCUGGCACCUGAUCAACAUGGGCUCUCCCGAAGACUUUCAGAGUAUCCACUUCCACGGACAGACGUUCCUCCACAAGAAGCUCACCAGCUACAGACAGGCCGUUUAUCCUCUGCUGCCAGGAAGCUUUGCUACUCUGGAGAUGAAUUCAUCCAAACCUGGCCUUUGGCAGCUGGAGACAGAAAUUGGUUUGAACCAACAGAAGGGCAUGCAGACCCUGUUCCUGGUUCUAGAUAACGACUGCUACCAUCCACUGGGUUUAGAAUCAAGCAGCGUGAAAGACAACCAGAUCACAGCAAUCAACACGAGAGGAUACUGGGAGCCAUUUCUGGCCAGACUGAACAAUCAGGGUAAAUACAACGCAUGGAGCACAGAGCAGAACCACAGCUGGAUUCAGGUGGACUUCCAGCGGCCAGUUGUGAUCAGCCAGGUGGCCACGCAGGGAGCCAAGCAGAUGUUCUACUCCCAAUACACGACGAAGUACAUGAUCUCCUACAGCAACGACCGCAGGAAGUGGAUCUUCUACAAGGGCGACAGCAGGGACCUCAGGAAGAUAUUCACUGGGAACCAGAACGCCUAUGAUCCAAAAACAAACACCUUCUUUCCUCCUAUGGUUGGACGGUUCAUUAGGCUCCACCCCAUCGAAUGGUACAACUCGGCUACAGUGCGCAUGGAGUUCUACGGCUGUGAGCUCGACGGCUGCUCGGUGCCUCUGGGGAUGGAGAGCAGACUGAUAGAAGACCGUCACAUCACAGCGAGCUCCACAGCCUCCAGCUGGUACUCUGGACCCUGGAGGGCCUCCCUUGCACGUCUCAACACACAGGGCACCGUCAAUGCAUGGCAGGCUAAGUAUAGUGACAUGCGUCAGUGGCUUCAGGUGGAGCUGCCCCAAAUAAAGAAGAUCACAGGUAUCAUUACACAAGGAGCCAAGUCUCUGGGGACAGAGAUGUAUGUCAUGUCCUACUCUCUGCAGUACAGCGACAACGGGAUACACUGGACCCACUACACAGAUGAUGAGAACAUCUCUUUCAAGACUUUUUUGGGAAAUAAAGACAACAACGACCACAUGAGGAACUACAUCUACCCUCCGAUUUUCUCCCGCUUCAUCCGCAUCCUCCCCAGAAGAUGGAGGAACUCCAUCACCAUGAGAGUAGAGCUACUGGGCUGUGAUUUUGAGUGAUGAUACACAAAGACACAAAUCCAUAGCAAAUGAUGUCAGGUCAGGUCAACCGUGCACAUGCAGACUGAAACACUCAAAGUGUACCCCCAGACUAAUGCACUUCAACUUCCACACAUACGGUCAUGUAUGAAGGAUACUACAUAUAUAAAGUAACUAAAUCACGGCCAACACAUGCAGACAUUUGUUGCUUAGGCUGUCUGUAAAGCUCCUCCUAUACAGUGUUUUAUCAUACAAAUAUAUGGCCGGUUAGAAUGAGUUAAAGGAGCAGUGUGUAAGAUUUGAGGAGAUUUAGUGACAUCUAGUGGUGAGGACUGCAAAUUGCAACCAGCUGAAACUUCUCCUGGUCAGAAUUCCUUCAGUGUUCAAUGUUUAGGAGGUUUUUACCAUGAGCUGAAUUAUCCACAGAGGUCUCUUCCUCGCCGAAAUUAACGGACCAGGUGAUUUAAACCGGUAAAAAUAUUGAAUAAAGUAGUUUCAUGUUUAGAUAUCGGUGUUUUUCAUACACUCUCGUCGACAGUGGCCGACACGAUAAUGCAAUGAAACGUGAUUUCAAAAUGUCCCUAUCCAGAGCCAGUGUUUGUGUUUGUCUAUUAUGGACUACUGCAGAAACAUAGCGGUGCAACAUGGCGAUCGCUGUAGAGAAGGAUCCACUUGCCUAGUGCCUGCUUUGUGUCUUCAUGUAUUCACAAAGAUUCUGAGAAUCCUCUCUGAGAGCUCCUAACUUAGCCUUAAAAUUUAAGGAGUCCUAGCUAAGGAGUGAUUUGGAAAGUUCUCAGAGCAUCUCUGAGCAAGGAAGAGACAGAAACUUUGACUUCAGUGAGGAGGUGUGUUCGACCCUGUUGCUAGGUGUGAUGUGUGCUUUUAACAGAUCAAUCAAUCAAUCAAUUUUAUUUAUAAAGCCCAAUAUCACAAAUCACAAUUUGCCUCACAGGGCUUUACAGCAUACGACAUCCCUCUGUCCUUAUGACCCUCACAGCAGAUAAGGAAAAACUCCCCCAAAAAACCCUUUAACGGGGGAAAAAAAAAUGGUAGAAACCUCAGGAAGAGCAACUGAGGAGGGAUCCCUCUUCCAGGACGGACAGACGUGCAAUAGAUGUCAGAUGUGAUUGGUUGUCACAGACACCCCCUUCGUAAGCCUGUAAGGUAUGAGGACACCCAGUGGAAAUUAAACGAACUGCUGACUGUGAAAGUGUUGGAAGGUUGAGACAGACAAAAGUCAUCACUGCUGCACUGUUGCAUUUUUCCAGUUUUCCAAAUAUUUUAGUGUUGUGAUCAUUUUGUUUCUGGCAUUAUAGCAUUAGGUGAGAAAUGUGUGCGCAUCCCUAAUGACAUCACCCACACAAAUUCUCCCUGCAUGAAUUAAUCUGUAGCGUUUAAUUUACUCACUGUCAUCCAGCGUUUGGAGAAUAUUCCUUAUACCUCUUUGUGUUUUCACCAUUUUCUCCUCUGAUUAAGAAACUCUUAAACUUCUUAAAAGUCCUCCUCCCUGCUCCGUACAGUUUUUACCUUAAGGUCUGAGAUGCUCUGUGAAUAACUUAUCUUUACAAGGACCUAACUUAAAGAGGAAAUACUAAGAAAGGAAUUUUCCUAGAAUUUUUCUCACGCAGAGGAACUCUUUGUACUAGGAAGCUUUGUGAGUACAGCCUCAAAUUUUCAGGAGGUCUUUACCAGGAGCCACAUUAUUCACAGGGGUCUCUUUGUCUCCGUAAUAAACCGACCCGCUGAUUAAAACCUGUAAAAACACUGAAUGGAGCAGUUUCAUGUUAAAAAAAAAGGUUUUUCAAUGCUCCCAUCGUGGAGGGGCUUCUUCCUACAGUGGCUGACAUGAAAACAUAAAAAUGUGAAUAUCCCUAUCUAGAGCCAGUGUUUGAUUUGUCCGUUCUGGGCUACUGUAGAAACGUGACGGUGCAACAUUGUGAUCUCCGUAGACGAGGACCUGCUCCCUAUGUAAAUAUAAACAGCUCAUUCUAAGGCAACAAAAACCCAACGAUCCUUAUUUUCAGGUGAUCAUACACCACAGAAAACAAUAUUAUUAUUCCAUUUCUGCCAAUAAAUCCCCCUGAAUCGUACACACUGCACCUUUAAAAGAACUUAUUCAUAUGUGCAUUAGUGUGAGUAAUCUUAAAUGCUUUGUCAAUAUUUUAAUGUGUUUUUGAAAUGCUACUUUCAGCUGAUAUACGACACCUUGUCCUUCAGAAAUGACUUUAAAUGAAUGUAAAUAUGUAAGUAGAGAUCAUGUAAUUUAUUUUUCAAUAAAUAUGAUUGUCAUUCUUA